AGAAACUGAUCAUAUCAACCAACUGAAAAAGAAUGUGUAGUGGGAGGGGAGGCAGAUUCUUGAACCCAAAGCUUUAAGCAUCACCUACUUCUGCCCACUGUGCAACCUUUACCUUGUCUUUUAAGCAAAACCUCUCAUCCCCAAUCCAAUAGAACUUCUCUAACCCGCUCCACCCGGCUCUCUCGAGCGGAAAAAUGGAAGCAUAGGUUUUCGUGUCCUCUGGUACUCGGAGUGACGAACUCUUGUGCAUUGACAGAACUUCCCCAUCCGAUGGGUCCGUAUCAGACGCCCGGUGGAACGAGGAGCCCUGCUCUGCCGGAGACUUCUUGCGGGUAUCUACUCCAAGAGCUGCAGAUGAUAUGGGAUGAAGUCGGGGAAGACAGGUUCGAAAGGGAGAAGGUUCUGCUGGAUUUGGAGCAGGAGUGCAUUGAGGUUUAUAGGAGAAAAGUGGACUCUGCGAAUAUAUCGAGAACUCGCCUGCAUCAGCAGUUGGCCGAAGCUGAAGCAGAGUUCACCCAUCUCCUUCUGUCCCUCGGUGAACGGUCUCUGCCUGGCCGGCCUUCUAAGCAGCCAGAGAAAAUGUCGGGAACGCUGAAGGAACAGCUAGAUUCGAUUACUCCAGCUUUGAGGGAGAUGCAACUGAGGAAAGAAGAGCGGGUGAAACAAUUCAGAGCAGUGCAGGGGCAGAUCCAGAAAAUCUCGGCAGAGAUUGCCGGUCAGUCAGUCUACGACGAAUCACCCUCGAGCAUCAUCGUAAAUGAGAACGACCUCUCGCUGAAGAAGCUAGAGGAGUAUCAGAAUGAGCUCCAGAAGCUUCACAAUGAGAAGAACGAUAGGCUUCAGCAAGUGGAGAAGUACACGGAUAGAAUCCACAGCCUGUGCACGACCCUGGGAAUGGAUUCCUCAACGAUCAUCACAAAGGUCCACCCAACUCUGAAUGAACUAUGCGGGAUAUCGAAGAACAUAAGUGAUGUUAUCUUGGCAAAGCUCGAUAGCACCGUCGUAUCUUUGGAGGAAGAAAGACUGAAACGGCUAGAGAAGCUCAAAUAUCUUGGCAAAGCAUUGACCAACUUAUGGAAUCUGAUGGACACACCCUAUAAAGAUCGCCGGACAUUUUCUCAUGUGACGGGUUUAUUAUCCGUCUCUCCAAUGGAUGUGUUGGAACCUGGAAGCCUCACCCUUAAUAUAAUCCAACAGGCGGAAGCUGAAGUCAAGAGGCUGGAUCAGUUGAAAGCCAGCAAGAUGAAAGAGCUCUUUGUAAAGAAGCAGAAUGAACUCGAAGAAAUAUGCCACAGAUCACACAUGGAAAUUCCUUCGAGACCUGAGAUGGAUAAUAUACUGAACCUCAUAAACUCUGGGGAGAUCGAUCAUGCCGACCUCCUCAUGAGCAUGGAUGAACAGAUAGCAAGGGCAAGAGAAGAAGCUUCAAGUAGAAAUGCCAUAAUGGAAAAGGUGGAGAAAUGGGUAUUAGCGCGAGAUGAAGAGCGCUGGUUGGAAGAAUACAACAGGGAUGAGAAUCGAUAUUCAGUCAGCAGGGGAGCCUAUAGGAAUCUAAAGCGUGCGGAACGUGCCCGGGUGACUGUUAAUAAAAUCCCAGCUCUGGUGGACCUAUUGAUAGCUAAGACUAAGAGUUGGGAAGAAGAAAGAAAGAAAGUUUUCUUGUACGACGAGGUUCCGCUGCUUGCUAUGCUGGAGGAGUAUAACGUGUUGAGGCAGGAAAGGGAGGAGGAGAAGCAAAAGCAAAGGGAUCAGAAGAAGGUACAAAGCCAGGCAGGAGUUGAGCCAGAGAACUCGAUCAGGUCGAGACCAGGUACAAGCAGUCGACGCUUGUCGAAUAGGAGCUUGAAUGGGGUUUUUGGCAAUGCUUCCCCAUUGAACGGGAGGAUCCCAUCAGGAAUCCCGCAGUUAGAAUCUAAUAGCAUCAAUCUGGGGGCUCAAACUACUUCCUUCAGAAAGGAAGGAAGAAAGAAAAAGGCACAAAAAAUGCUUUCUCGACCUGGAUUUAUGACUAACGGCAAAGACGAGACUGCUUCAGUAGUCUCCACCUGUUCCGGCCCCUUAUCCCCUUGAACUUUAUGCCCGAUUCAUCAUCUUCAAGUCUGAUUAAAAUAAAACAAGGCUGAAUGCCAAAUAGGGGGUAUGUUGAUUUUCUGAAUAACUUUAUUAGGCUUGACGAAUAACUUGAGGUUUUGUAAUAAUGUCCGAGUCGUGGUUUUGUAUGAGUUUGAUUCAAUCUUUUGUAUUUAAUUCUCUUGCUUACUGUUGUUAUUUCGAUAUUUCGGCAAUCUUACUGGAUUUGGAUGCAAAAUUUCCACCUUGUAAGCAUUGAAGCAAGUAGUCAUUGCCAUGCAUUUCAA